AUCUGGUCUGUCGGAAAUCCGCCAAAGAAGAAGAAAUAGACGCUCCCACCGGAUGUCUGAGAUAUGUUAGCACUGGACCAAUUCAUUGUAAGCGAGCGUGACCGCUGUCAAUGAAAAAACAGCAAUGGCUGGCAGCAGACUGGAGAGGUUUGGAACUGUAUUCACCCGGGUUCGAGAUCUGAUGCGCUCUGGGGUCAUAAAGCCGUCAGAGAAACCCAUCUGGUAUGAUGUAUAUGAGGCUUUUCCACCCAAGAGGGACCCACUUUAUGUGAAGCCACACACCAGACCCUGUACCAACAAACAGGAAACUGUGCCUGAAAUCUUCUACAGAGAGGAUGAAGUUAGAGCGAAGUUCUAUGUGCAGUAUGGGACGGGUCCUCGGCCUUUGGAUCUGGCCAAGUCAAACUUUGUUUCGACGUGUCAGAGGUUUGUAGACAAGUACACAGAGUUGAAGAGCCACGGUGAGCUGGAGCACUCUGCUCUGUUUGAAGAGACAGGGAAGGCGUUACUCACAGAUGGCAUCAUGCUGAGGCGGAGAGGAGCUCCUCCUGUAAGAGUCUGAGGCUACUUCCACAUUUAUACAUUUUUGCUUAAAAGCCUGAAAACUGGCCCGCCAGCGUUUCUCAGAUUGGAGUGAGAAAAG